AUGGCGCUAUUUAGGUCAGUUAAAGCUUUGGAUAUACUAGCUCGUGGUUCAAGGAGUAUCUGGGCUUCAUCAGCGGUUCCUGCUAAGCAAAAUUUGGAUCCUAUACAAGAACUUUUUGUGAACAAGUUGGCCGAGUAUAAAACGAAGAGCAAAGGUGGAAAGUUGGUUGAUGCAGGCGAGGAAGCAGAUGCGAGAAGAGAGAAAGAAAUAGCUCAGUUACAAAGAAGAUAUGGUGGUGAUUCUAAACAGCUUGAAGAAUUCCCAAAAUUUAACUUCGCGCAACAGUAA